GCAAGACCGAGAGGGGUCGAAAGAUGCCGCCGGUAAAGAAGGGCGAACGGAAGAUCAUGAACUCUGGCACGCGGAAGACUAAGGACUCCGGCAAGCUUAAGAGCGCCAAGUCCGAUGGCACGAUGGCAGCGGAGCUCCGCGGCCCCGACUGGGAGUGGUGGUGCACUUUCCUGGAUAGGCAGGCCAAGUCAGGUGAAGGUGCACCACAUUCAGAUCAGCAGGAGGAAGCAUUCAGGCACUUCUUUAGGAUGUCGAAGAGUACCUUUGCCUACAUCUGCUCGAUUGUAAGGAAGGAUUUGAUCUCAUUGCCACCACCAGGGCUGAUCACGAUCGAGGGAAGACUGCUUAGGGUGGAGAAGCAAGUUGCAAUUGCCAUCUGGAGGCUGGCAUCCGGUGAUUCACAGAUGUCAGUGGGGGCUGCUUUUGGCGUGGGGCAGUCUACUGUUUCACAAGUGACAUGGAGGUUCAUCCAGUCCAUGGAACGCAAUGCUCGCCAUCAUCUGGUGUGGCCCAACCGGGCGAGAAUGGAAGAAAUCAAAUCUAAUCUGGAGGCUUUGUCCGGUCUACCGAAUUGCUGCGGUGCAAUUGAUGCCACCCACAUAGUUAUGACGCUUCCUAAUGCGAAGUCAUCUGAAGAUUGGCGCGACCCCGCGCAGAAGUAUAGCAUGCUCCUUCAAGGGAUUUUUGAUGAUGAGAUGAGGUUUAUUAAUAUUGUCACCGGUUAUCCUGGCAGCCUGCCGUUUGAGAAAAUGUUGGAAUUCUCUCAGUUUUACGAGCUCUGUCAAGCUGGGAAAUGCUUGGAUGGUCCUGUCAGAGGUUCCAGCUGCAAGGAGGAUGCUGCCGAAAUAAGGGAGUUCAUUGUUGGUGACAAGUGUUAUCCUCUGCUCCCCUGGCUAAUGACUCCAUAUGAAGAAGAGGAUCCGUCUGCUCCAAUGGUCAACUUCAAUGAUCACCAAAAAGCAGCAAGGAUGCUUGGAACAAGAGCUUUAGCCAAGCUGAAGGGCUGCUGGAGGAUCUUGGACAAAGUCAUUUGGAGGCCUGAUAAGAAUAAGUUGCCAAGUUUGAUUCUUGUCUGUUGUCUCCUUCACAAUAUACUUAUAGACUGCAAAGAUGAUUUUCUGUCAGAUGAUGAAAUUCCAGAUCGUCAUGAAACCGGCUACAAUAGAGUCAACUGCGAGGGAGUGGAUCCUGAUGGCGAAGAGAUGAGAGAGAUCCUAACUCGAUAUCUUCCAACUUAUGAAGCUAUUUAACUCAAGAAAACUGGCUAGAACUUUGUGACUGUGAUGAUGCAUCUUUGUUCUUAUGUUAUGAUGUUUAGUUAUCCUUAAUCUAAUACCCGA